AUGCCACGAACAGCCCUCUUCGUAAUCGACAUCCAAGUCGAAUUAGCGCAAAACGCAGCGACCGAAAUACCACAUGCGGAUCGUAUCCGCGAAGCCGGGACGAGCAUCCUGCAGCGAGCGCGUCGGGCCAUCGAUACGGCGUGUGAAGAGGGAAGAGUACCGGAUAUAGAGAUCGUAUUUGUGCAGCAUGAGGAGCUCGCUGAGAGAGGACCGCUGGUGAAAGGGAGUAAGGCGUGGGAGUUGGUGUUCAAGCCACGAGACGAUAAUAAAUGGGAACGACUGGUAGAGAAGGAUGUCCGUGACACAUUCUCCUCCAACCCUCAGCUUGCCUCCCAGCUAAAGAACUCGAAUAUAGACACGAUCGUAGCCUUUGGCAUACAAAGUGAAUGCUGCGUCCUUUCGACAUGCAGAGGUGCUCUAGCCGCUGGCUUCAAAGUCGUCUUAUUACAAGGUGCGCACUCUACCUACGACUACGAUGACAAGGCAUCUAGGGAGGUUGAGAUAGACGUGGAGUUGAUGCUUGAGAGCGCGGGCGCUGAAGUGGAAGGCUGGAGGAUGUGGAAGCCAGUAGCUUGA